AUGGAGGGUUUAUCUGCAGCAAACACACAGUUCUCUCUAAACCUGUUCAAGAAGAUCAGCGGAGGAAACGCAUCAGGAAAUGUCUUCUACUCUCCGAUCAGCAUCUCUUCAGCUCUGGCCAUGGUGUCGCUCGGAGCGAAAGGAAACACAGCGGCGCAGAUGUUUAAGGUCCUGGGCUUUACCAAUCCUCCCAAACCCGGUGCUGCGACUCCAGCUCCACAUGUUAAAGAGGACCAAAUUCAUUCCAGCUUCAACAAGCUCAUGAGUGAACUGAAGAAACCAGGAGCGCCGUAUGUGUUGAGUCUUGCCAACCGUCUCUACGGAGAACAAUCCUACCAGUUUGUCGAGAAAUUCCUCAAUGACACAAAAUCAUACUAUAAAGCUGAACUGGAGGAGGUGGACUUCAUGAAGAAAUCAGAGGCUGCACGUGCCAACAUCAACAAAUGGGUGGAGAAAAACACUCAAGAAAAGAUCAAGAACUUGUUGCCACAAGGAAGUGUCAAUGAUGCAACAAAACUGGUCUUGGUGAACGCCAUCUACUUCAAGGGGAACUGGGAGAAGAAAUUCCCAAAGGAAGCCACCAGAGAUGGACAGUUUAAGCUUAACAAAGCUCACACUAAACCAGUGAAGAUGAUGCAUCAGGAAUCAAAGUUUCCUCUUGGCUUCAUCCCAGAGUUGAACAGUCAGGUUCUGGAGCUGCCGUAUGUCGGGAAGAAUCUCAGUAUGUUGAUCAUCCUUCCGAACAAGAUUCAAGACGAAACCACUGGCCUUCAGAAGCUUGAAAAGGCACUGACCUACGAGAAGCUCAUGGAGUGGACCAAACCCAACAAGAUGCUUCAAGAGCAAGUUCAAGUAUCUCUGCCCACAUUCAAGAUGGAGGAAACCUAUGACAUGAAGAGUCUUCUGAUCAGCAUGGGGAUGGAGGAUGUUUUUAAUGAGCAGAAGGUGAAUCUUUCAGGCAUGUCGCCCAACAAUGACCUGGUGGUGUCGAAGGUGAUUCAUAAAGCCUUCGUUGAAGUAAACGAGGAAGGAACCGAAGCGGCUGCAGCCACCGGCGUCGUUAUCCUUGGUGCGACAGCUUUAAAACCAGAAGACCCAAAAAUCUUUAUUGCAGACCAUCCCUUCCUUUUCUUCAUCCGACACAAUCCCUCCAACAGCAUUCUGUUUUACGGACGCUUCUGUUCUCCUUAGAGAUAUUAAUGAUGAAGUGAUGAUUCUAGCUGCAUGUGUUCCUCUAAUA